AUGACAUCCGAUAAACCAGCAAACGAACCAACCACCAACGAGACUCAAAACUACUCCAAAGGUGAUCAAUUGGGUCAAAAGGAUUUAGACAAGAUUCAAGAAGUUGCCAAGGGGAUAUUAAAUCCCAACAACGAAAACCCUCAAAUCAAUGAAUACAUUCAAUCAACAUUGUCAUACAUUGGUAAUGCAAUGUACAAGAUGCAAACUACCAACGAUAAAAAUGCCACGGCCAAGGAGAUUGCCGACGAUUUGACUGCUAAAUUUGAAAGUUGGAAAGAGCAACGAGACAAGCAGGAGAAGCAAGAUACCGGCGACGCAAACAGCAACACAGAUAAGAAUGAUGAGGAGAAGAAGUAA